UUGUCUCUGUUUACCCUCCACUACAACCCUGGUUGUCUCUGUUUACCCUCCACUACAACCCUGGUUGUCUCUGUUUACCCUCCACUACAACCCUGGUUGUCUCUGUGUUUACUCCAGAGCGGACUGGCCACGGGACCUGUGUGCCUCUACCUACUUCCCAAAGUUCAGGAACGGGUGGGAGCCCCCAGCUGAGCUGUUCAGGACCUCCCCAUGGGAGACAGAGGGAUUAGGGGAACCUCCCAUGUCCUUCAUGUCCCACCCCAUGUCCCCACACAAGUCAGAAGAGUUUUUUGGAACCCAGUCUUCCAGCUCAUCAAAUGGGUCCUACAAUGGUCUGGCGUCCUCGUCCCGUAAAUAUGCUAAGAUCUGCUACCACUUUGUGGCCCGCAACGCCAACGAACUGUCAGUACUGCAGGACGAGGUGGUAGAGGUGAUAGAGGACGAUAAACAGUGGUGGAAAGUGAGGAACAGGAGCGGCCAAUCAGGAUACGUCCCCUCCAACGUCCUGGAAGUGGUCACACUGGAGGAACCACACGGCAUGGCUGAACCCCUCUAUAGCCAGGCUGGCCAGCCCUUACAGCCCAACCUCUCCCUCCAGCUCUCUAGGUAG